GUAAAAAAAAAAGUGUGCUCCACAGCUCCAGUUUGAAAUACGGAUGAAAUCUAACGUCCGUUCCUUCCCACCUCUCUCUCUCAUUCGUCCGGUUGGCGUGCAUAAUUCUCCUUCGUCUUCUCCAAUGUCUCCGCCCUCCGACGACGGAGGCACCGACCGCCCCGCCAGCCCCUCGCCGGAGGACGCGGUGGUUUCCGGCAAGAUCUCGCCGGAUUCCGCCGGCCCGAGAUGCCGGAUCCCGGACCCUCCGGCCGCCCCCCGUCCUGCUCGUCCAGUUCGCAUUCCGAGAACGGAGGAGGAGUGGAGGAGAUUCCGGCGGUGCGUCCGGGCCACCGGUAAGGGUUUCGCCAUUGGGGCCGGCCUCAAGGGGGGCCUCGCCCUCUUCUCGAUCCUCGUCCGUCUGCGGAGCCGCAGAUCCGCCGGAUCUUCUGCCAGAAAGAUGGGUGCGAUUACGAAUGAGGAGGCGGUGGUGGAGGCGGUGAAGGAGACGUUAAGAUAUGGAUUGUUUCUGGGUACGUUUGCCGGAACUUUUGUUUCAGUUGAUGAAUGCAUUGCUGCUAUUGGGGGCGAUAAGAGCACUGCAGGCUGGAGGGCACUGGUAGCAGGACUAUUUGCUGGUCCAUCAAUGGUCUUGACAGGACCAAAUACACAGCACGUUAGCUUGGCUACAUACAUUCUUAUGCGUGCUUCUGUUCUAGCAUCCCGCUGUGGGAUAAAGAGCAAACGAUUUGGAAAUGUUUGUAAACCUUUGGCUUGGCCGUAUGGUGAUAUAUUCCUUAUGUGCCUGUCCUCUUCACAAAUAUUGUCUGCUUACAUUUUGAAGCAGGACAGUUUACCGUCAUCAUACAAAUCAUUUCUUAAUAAGCAUGGUGCAAAGGAUGUUGUUAUUCUGCAGGGAGUGAAGGAUAUUGCAUGUAACAUUCCUUUCACCAACUUAGAGGCGAUUGAGAAGUAUUACGGGUCCUUGGGUGUUGACAAAAAACUAGACCCUAGUAUGAAAGUACCCUGUUCAAUUGUUCAUGGUAAUCAAUCUUGUGUUGGGCAUUUCUUUUCUUUCCUUUUACAAGCAUAUAGAAGGGCCUUGCCUGUUUAUCUACCAGUAUACUUGGUUCCUGCACUUAUAGUUCAUCGUCAGGGCCUCUUGAAAAGGCCAUACACAAUUCUGGGGAAAAGUCUUCUGGGUACCGCAAGAUCUAGUCUGUUUCUCUCCAUAUACUGUUCAUCAGCCUGGGCUUGGACUUGCCUGCUUUUCAGAACUCUUAAGAGAUGCAAUAUUCCACUGGUUGCAAUGGCAACGUUUCCUACUGGCCUGGCAUUGCUAAUUGAGAAGAAGAGCAGGAGGAUUGAGAUAUCUCUAUAUUGCCUAGCCCGAGCCAUUGAGAGCUUUUUCACAUGCAUGGUAGAUGCUGGACUGUGCCCUCAAGCAUCAAAGCUAAAGCGAGCUGAUGUAAUUGUGUUUAGUUUUGCAACAGCCAUCAUCAUGCACUGCUAUGCACAGGAAAGAGAGGUGUUUCGCUCCAAAUACCUGAAUGUUCUUGACUGGGUAUUUGGUGUGCCACCUGCGUCUGAUGAUGAGCAUGAUAAAAAAUGCUAAGAGAAUUAGGGAACAUUGCUAGUUCAGCAGAGGAGUUCUGUAAAUUUAUAUAAUUGUUAGUGUGAGUCAGUUUUGAUUAUAAAGCAUGACCCUAUAGUGGCCCCAUUAGUGCCGGUUGUGGGGUGGAGAAACCAGGCUGAUUGAUGUUUUCUCAGCGUACAUUGCAGGCUUCAGCAAGAUAUCAUUAUUAUAUAUAGCCUGUUACACACUAACCA